AUGCAUGAUGACAGUAAGAUUGGAAGUGAAUUAUCAUACACACCUAAUGAACGUAAAACAGAUUUUAGUGAAGAACAAACUGAUGACAAUCAAAGGCAAAGAGUCGAAGUAAUGAAAGAUGGUCGUGUUGCAACUGAUCAACAAAUGAGUGAAAGGCAUCACGUUUCAGGAGAUCUCAUUGUAGUUGAAAAUCAACAAAUAUCCAAGGAAAUGAAUAACAAUGACACGGAUUUCGCUCCAAUUGUUGCGUAUGCUCAGGAGCCUUUGUUGUCUCUUCCUGAAGCAUGUGCUCCUCUAAAUGAUAUUCUUUAUGAUUUAUCGGUCUAUGUGCAGUUGGCGCUAGAUGAAACUCCUGAAAAUCCACCUGAUGGAUUGACAAUUGAUGAGAGUGCUGCGGUUCGUCUCUACACAAUCGAAUGGGAAAGACCACAUCGAAGCCUAUAUUCAAUGCUCAAUUACACUCUUAAAAAUGCUAAUCGUGAAGAACUUCGACCUUAUUUUAACUAUCUAAAACUAUUCUUGACUGCAAUAGUCAAAAUUCCAUGUGUUCCACCAUUGACUGUUUGGCGAGGAGUUACAAAAAAUUUGAGCGCUGAAUUCCCACCUGGUACUCCAGUAACAUGGUGGUCAUUUUCUUCAUGUACAACAUCAUUGACUGUAUUGGAGAAUAGCAUGUAUUUGGGCAAUACAGGAGCAAGAACACUAUUUUCUGUUGAAGCUAUCAAUGGACGAACAAUUCGUGCUCACUCACAUUUCGUUACAGAAGAAGAAAUUCUUCUUCUACCUGGUACUCAUAUGAUAGUGCAAUCACAAUUGAGUCCAGCAACUGAUCUUUAUAUUAUUCACUUGAAACAAGUCAUACCAGAGCAAACCUUACUUGAACCUCCUUUCGAAGGCGCACAUAUAUAUCCAGAACCGAAACGUCCGUGGUAUAAAAAGAAGCGUUUUUUUGUACCUCUAUCUUUAUUGAUAAUUUUAUCUAUUGGAGCAAUUAUUAUUGGCUCUGUUCUUGGAUCACGAAAACAAGCCAAUAUCUUAAUGUACCAAUGCAGUGACCCUUAUCCAUCACCAAAGACCUCGGAAACUGGAAAAUUACCAGUUGCUGUAGUGUUCGGAAAUUUCAAAAGUGUCAAUCAAGUCGAUUUGGCAGUACUCAACUAUGAUGAUCGAAGUGUUGAUAUACUUCUUGGUAAUGGGAAAAAUGACUAUGAAACUGAAUCACACUAUCAUACAGAUGUCGCACCAAAUUCUGUGUUUAAUAUUGAUCUAAACCAUGAUGGACUAAUAGAUAUUAUAGUAGCAAAUGGUGAUGAUGACAGCAUUAGCGUUCUAAUUGAUAAUGACGACGAAACAUUUCACAGUUCGAUCGAAUAUUUAGUCGGUAACAAUCCAGUGUCAGUCACAGGAGGUGAUUUCAACAAUGAUACACUCAUAGAUAUAUUAGUAGCAAAUGCUGACGAUGACACAGUUAGCUUAGUGUUAGGUGAUGAAGAAGGUACAUUUUCUGAUAUUCAAACUGCUUUUGACGUUGGUUCAAAACCUGUCCAUGUCAUAUCAGGUGAUUUUAAUCAAGAUGAAAUACUCGAUUGGGCAGUUAUCAAUCAAGUUGACAAUACUAUCAAUGUGGCACUUGGAUAUGGAAAUGCUACCUUUGAUAAUUUACAGACUUAUAGCGUUGGUGCCACACCAAUCUCUAUGACAUGUCAUGAUUUUAAUAAAGAUGCUAAAGUAGAUUUGGUAGUAGUAAACUAUGGUGAUAAUAGUAUUAGUGUGCUGUUUGGUAAGGGAGAUGGAACGUUUGAAGUUCAAAUCGUUUACGAAGUUGGUAUGAGUCCAAGUGCUGUUGUGACAGCUGAUUUUAAUAAUGAUAGCAAGAUGGAUUUAGCAUUAACUCUAUCGAAUGAAUCUUCCAUUGGUGUGUUAUAUGGCAAUGGUAAUGAAAGCUUUCAGAAACCUGUAAUAUAUAAGGUUGGUACUUCUCCAAGUGCUCUGAGAGCAGAUGAUUUUAACAACGAUGGUAGAGUAGAUCUGGUAGUAGCAAAUUCUGGAGAAAACACCUUCAGUAUAUUGAUUAAUGAUGGUAAUCAAACAUUUCAGAAUCAAAUAAAAUAUGCCACUGGUCUGAAUCCAGUGGCAAUAACUUCGGCUGAUUAUGAUAAUGAUAAAAGAAUCGAUGUGUUAGUGGUCAAUAAGGGAGAUAAUAGUGUCUCCUUGUUACUAGGUAAUGGAGAUGGAACAUGUCGUGGUCGAAUGCCAUACAGGCUUCAGAAGAUAGCUGGUUCGAUGGCAGCAGGUGAUUUCAAUAAUGAUACCAAAUUGGAUUUAGUAUUGACUAACACAAUCGAUUACAGUAUUACUCUACUUCUCGGAAGUGGAUAUGGUACCUUCCAAUCUGAAAUAAUAUAUAAGACUCAUUCUCAACCAAAUUUCGUAGUAGUUCAUGAUUUGAAUAAUGACAAGAUGUUGGAUCUAGUUCUUGUCAAUCAGCACAAUGACAGCAUCACUGUGUUGCUCGGGAAUGGUGAUGAGAUUUUUCAAAAUGGAACAAGAUUUGCCACUGCUGAACGACCAAGUUCGGUAGUGGUUGAUGAUUUCAACAACGAUAACAAACCAGAUCUAGCAGUCACCAACUUAGGUGCUAAUAAUAUCGUGGUCCUGUUGGGAAAUGGAAACGGUACUUUUCAGACUUAUAAGACGCUUAAGUGUGGUACUAGUCCCAACUUUAUAAUAUCAAUUGAUCUAAAUCGUGAUCAUGUCAUGGAUCUUGUAGUGGCUAAUCUCGGUGAUCAUACGAUUAGUAUUUUAUUUGGCUUGGGAAAUGCAACUUUUCAAAUUCAAAUGAAAUACGAUGUUGAUAGGGAACCAAGUCAUGUAAUGGCAGGUGAUUUUAAUAAUGACAAUAAAAUGGAUAUAGCAGUAGUUGGUCGUCUUUCGCAUAAUAUGCAAGUGUUGUUUGGUGAUGGAAAUAUGACAUUUUCAAGUCGAAAACGGUAUGGAACAAGUAGUAGUCCUGGUCCUGCUGUGGCUUAUGACUUCAACAAAGAUGGAAAAACUGAUAUUGCUGUGCUGAAUAAACUUUCUAACAUAUUAUAUAUUUUCCUAAAUGAAUGUUCAUAA